AUGGAAGCAGCUGCAACACAGUUGUCUGACUCUUGGUUCAACGCAGUUAUUAUCGAGUCCUUAGCACAUGGGAUAUAUACGGCAUUGCUUGCAGUUGUACUGUUCCGGAUCGUUUUGAUCAGGGUUCCCCGUAGGAGGCAGGCAAAGGUCCUUGCUGGAAUUUCCGUCUUCAUGUAUAUUAUGGCAACAGUUCACAUCGCUGUAAGAUGGUAUUAUGCUAGACGGGCAUUCAUCACAAAGGGGCAGACGGAGGAAACCAGGUUCUUCGCACUCAUAGACUCACUUAUUGCCGGUGGUCCGUUAUGGGUACCGACGAUUACUAGCAUCGUCGCGAGUACGAAUAUAUUAAUGGCAGAUUGUGUGAUCAUUUGGCGGUGCUGGGUCAUAUGGGGACGGAAUUGGAGGAUCAUCGUCCUUCCUUCCAUAUGCACACUUUGUGGAACACUCUUCGAUGUUUUCUUCCUGAUUCAAGAGUUGACACCCUUUACCGGUUCGCAAGGCGCUUCUUCAACUCCGUGGGGAAGCAACUCUAUUCAAUGGGGAGUAGCAUACUAUAGUAUGACACUCUCGACGACAAUCAUAUGUACGGUGCUCAUCGUAUACCGGCUGGUUCAAGCGAGCACUACCAGCUUGUCUCUACCCAUUGCCGCUAAUCCAUACUACCGAGUCAUGGAGAUCAUGGUAGAAUCGGCUGCAUUAUGUCAUUGCGCUAGUGAUCUACAUCCCGUUCAUCGCAACGAAUAA